UAGUGGGAGAUCUUGUAGAUUUCGGCAGGAACCAUAUAUAUUUAUAACCGAAUUCGAAAAGUCACUCAAGCAUACCAACUUGUCUUCUUCACUUCAAUUAGAGUGCAAACAUGAAGCAAAUAUUAGUCUUGUCGAUAUUGUUUGUCUCCACAUUUGGAGCAAAAUUAAACCAAUAUCUACCUCCAAGACCUGAAACUGACAACGCUCAAUACCAACCUCCAGCACGUCCCAAUCAACCUUUCUCCGCCGCAAGUCAAUCCCAACAACAAUUUGCUGCUCCAAACUUUCAACAAGCAAGCAGGCAGUAUUUAGCUCCAAAUAAAGGACCCGAGCAAUCUGGUCAAGGUUCCAGUCCUUUUGGUCAAAUUUCUGGACAAUUUGGACAACAAUCUAACCAGUUCGGGAAUAGAAACUCUUUUAAUGGCAACGGAAAUAGUAGUCCUAACAAACAAUAUUUAGCUCCCAACAAACAAGAUGCUUCCGGACAAAGCUCUAACUCUUUCGGAAAUUUCCAACAGCCAAAUGCUUUCAAUGGAAACGGAAAUGGUCCUAAUAGACAAUACUUAGGACCCAACAAACAAGACGCUUCCGGACAAAGUUCUAACUCAUUUGGAGUCCAAUCUCGUAACAAUUUUAACGGUAAUGGACCAAGUCCUAGCUCAAGCUUUGGUUCAAAAUCUACAAAUCAAGCACCAAACGCUGGAAACGAUAACUCUUUCGGACCAUCAUUCAACUCUUUUAACCAAAAAGCUGCCCCUAAUGGUCAAUUUGGACAGUCAGGUUCAUAUUCAAACGGUUUCAAUCAACAAUCCGGACAAGGACAAUACAAUGGUCAAUUUUCUGGUCCUCAAUCCGCCCCAAUCGGUUUAAUCAGAUCUGAAUUUAAUCCUGAUCUCGGAGAUGGACACUACAGCUAUUCAUACGAAACUGAAAAUGGAAUUUCUGCCCAAGAAGAAGGUUUCGUUCAAAACGAAGGUAAAUCUGCACAUGGUGGAUUCUCUUAUACUUCUCCAGAAGGUGAACAGAUAUCUCUUGAAUACACUGCUGACGAAAACGGUUUUGUACCAAAAGGAUCUCAUGUUCCUGAAAUUCCCGAAGCGAUCUUGAAAUCAAUUGAAGAGAAUAAAGCUGCUGAAGCUCGUGGAGAAUACAAUGAAGGUUCCUAUAGAGAAGAAUAUAACCAAGAAGGUUCAAACGGCAACAAUGGAUACCACGGUAAUGCAAAUAAUAAAUACCAAGGAAAUAUAAAUGGUAGAUAUCAAGGAAAUGGACCACGUGAACAAUCUCCAUUUGCUUCCCAAGAAAAUAGACAAGUAGCACCAGGUCCAAAAUCCUUUGGAGCACAAAACAAUGGCUAUCAAUAUUCAGGUCCAUCAAAAUCAAACGGCGUUUCUGAUCAAGGUACAUUUGCGUCCCAGCAAAGUAAUCAAGUAUCACCUUUCGAAGGUCAACAGGGCUCCAAAUCUUCUUUUGGACAAAAUGGUAACAACGGAUACCAAUAUUCAGCUACUAAUGCCCCUAAAUCAAAUUUUGCCGAUCAGGGUAGUUUUGCUUCUCAACAAAACCAACAAGUAACACCAUUUGGUCAGCAACAAGGACAUUUUGGAAAACAAAGUGAGCCUAAAACAUCAUUCGGGUCAUCAUCUCAAUUUGGACAGCAAAAUGGAAAUUAUCAAAAUGCUGGUAAACAAAACAAUGGUUAUCAAUAUCCAAGUCCUAAACAGUCCCCUUUCUCUUCCCAACAAAACAAGCAAACAACUCCUUUUGGAUCCCAAUUUUCUCCAAAAUCUCAGUACGGAGCUCCUGAACAGUCAUCAUCAGCCAGUCAAAGCAAUGGACAGUUCAGUGCAUUCCAGGGACCAAAGAGCCAGGUUUCAAGUUUUUCUGGAAACAAUGGGUUCAACGGCCAGUCAGCAUUUCAGAACAAAGGACAGCAGAGCGGUACUUCCGGACAAUUUGGCACAGUCCAAGAUAGCAAUGGUGGUUACAAAUAUUAAACAAUGAUAUGGACUUCCCUAAUAUAAAGCUUUAAUAUUUAUAUGUUUUGCAAAUGUAAAUAAAUACACAAAAUAAU